UUCUUGUCCUCAUGAAGGUGGUGCUUGUGAUUGGUACUGCUAGGAAGGGUCCUGCGGUGAUUUGCAGAGAUUGCUUUCAUGGCCUGAAAAAGUUUUGUGUAGCUGUUGGGGAUUGAGAUUUCAGAAGGCGGUGGGGAGACGAAGGUCAGGAGAGAAUUUGGUAGUUACUGGAGGGGAGUUUGAUGGGGAUAAUGUGAGCUUGCUGUGGAUGGGUGUUGCUCGGUAAAGUGCGUAGGGGUUUGGGAUAAAAUAGGGUUUUGUGGGAAGAAACUCCAUUGAGGGUUGGGAUCAGGUGAUGGGUUCAAUUUUGAAGCGUGCGCUACGGCGGGGAUGAUCUUUUGUUGCUGACCAUGGCUCCGGCCUUCGGAGAUAAUGGAGAAGUUCAAGGAAACUGAGCAUGUGGAGGAUGAAGAAGAAUAUGUUUUACUUGAUCUUGAUAGUGUAGCUUGCCAAGUUGACAUCCCACCAAAUGCGCCAUAUGUUCUCUCAGGCUUGGACACACUGAAUCCGGUGCUGAUUAUAGGUGACAAACUGAAGCUGAUAGGAGAAUACGAAGAAACAAUUGGCACAUGCUAUGUUUUCUCGGAAAGUGAUACUGCUCCUGUGGUUCAUGAGGAGACGGGAGCAUCUGAAGCGAACCUUUUCAUGGGGAAAUGCAUUGUAGAUCCAAAUCAAGCUCCAACUAAAAAAGUCAAGCCAGUUACAAGUCUUCAAAAGAUUAUCAAGUUUAGAUUGUCACCUGAAGUAGACCCUUUAGCAUCAGCAGUUGAACCGACAGAUUUCAAUUUGUAAAUUCAUGUGGCAUCUCAUGUCAAAUGUUUUUCAGAUCAUAGAUUCACAGCUUUCUAAAAGUUUGUGUCCCUUGGUCUGGGGUGGUUUCCCAUUCUAUAAGUUUUCCUUUUCACAAAAGUGUAAAUGGUAGCUAACACCUUUUCUUCUAGGGGUUGGGGUGCCGGGGGAGGGGAUUAAUAUACUGAACCCCCCAACCCACCCUAGUUGAGGCAAGAUGGACUCAGAUCUCCUGCAUUAAGUAGAAUUUUCAUGGCCCCAAGUAAACUGCCAAACUAGCUAUUGAUCUGUUUUAAAUUCAUGGUCCCUAGGAAGGUUGUUAACAUUUACUCUUUUUUAUUGAUGAAAAUCAAAAUAAUAUUAGAUUAAAUCAA